AUGGAUCGCCGGCGUGGCAGACGCUCGCAAGAGGACGAAGGCGGUGGCUUCAUGAGCUGUGGUUGGAAAGUCUUCCUGGCCUUGGCCGGGCUGUAUCUGCUCCUGGCUUUCCUAUCCAACCAGACUGGUUUGGCGUCGUCCUUUCCGAUGCCGGCCUUGACAGAAAACAAGGAAGUGCUUGACCGAAUCGUCGCCCUUGAGGCCACUGUGGCCAGGCUGGAGCAGCGAGUUCCGGCCGCAGGCCAAUCAGGUCCUUCACCUGUGCCUCCACAGGCACCCACCGCUGCGCCAAGCUCACAGCGCUUGCCCGAACCAGCGCCUGUACUGCCGGCAGUCCCUGUCCCCUCGCCGCCCUCACCGGCGCAAGCUUUGGUUCCUCAGACCCGCGCGGGUGCAGCGAAGCUGCACCUUCUGAGCCAUCGGAGCUGCUCUCAGGACCAAACCCAACAGUGUAACCUCGGCUUCAUCAAGGAGAUGGAGGCCAUGAAGAAAGAGGCUGACACGGCUCCUCAGAUUCAGGAGAGACACCUCUACACCAGUCUCCCGGACGAGCUGAUGAACGACCCACGCUGGCAGCAGCAUGUGAAGCCGAAGGUGCGUGGUCGAGGGUAUUGGUUUUGGAAGGCCGCCAUAUCGCGACUGUUGCUGGCCAAAGGUGUUCUUCAGCUGGGUGACGAUCUGCUGUAUGUGGAUGCGGAUUCCAUGCCCAUGAUGAAACACCUCAUCAGAAUGAGUGCCAUGCACAAGCAGGACAUCAUCAUUGCUGCGCAGCCUCACUGUGAACAUGUUUGGACCAAAGGUGACAUCUUUCAGCGGUUUGGCACCACCUGGAACGAUCUCCACUAUGGACUCACGCAGCAGCCCAAAGCACAGGCGUUUUACAUGCGGCUGAACGAGCGCACGCUCAAAGUCUUGCAGAUCUGGGAGAUGCUCAUGGAGGACUUUCACCUCGUCUCCGACGAGCCUUCCCGGAACAAAGACUUGGAUGGCCCCUGGUUCAAAAGGAAGGAGAACCGGCAUGAUCAGAGCUUGCUGUCCAUGAUCAUCAAGGCAAGCGUUCCAAAGUCGGGCUCAUGCAAGGAGCCGGACUUUCCCUGCGAUCGCUUGGGAGAUCGAGAUGAGACAGCGGGCUGGUCCGUUCAUCCAGAGCUGGGUGUGCCGGGCCUGACGGUGAAGUACGUUUGA